CUCUGAUUUCAGGCUCAAGUUCUGCAAGGGCAGAAAGAGGUUAGUGUCCAGCUCAAUGAAACAGAGAAGAGGACGCUGGUGAUCCCCGGCUUCGGACCCGUACACAACGUCCCCGGUGACAUACGAUGCGACAAGGGCGAUCGGUGCCGGUACCAAUCCGACAUCCUCGAAUUCAGCAAGAUGUCGGAAUGGUUCAACCAGAAAUCGGCGGUACUGGGGAAGAUCCCCUCUGGUCUGUUCAACUCGAUGUUCGAGUUCCAAAGCAACUGCUGGGCACACGACGCAGCGAAGAUCAAGUACUUGGGCCUCGACGGCUACUUCAUCGUGCUGUUCAACCUCCACAUUGACCGGUACCCGCUCGUCCUCGCCGACGAGGUCCUCCAGGCGGUUCCGGCAGCCUGGGACCCCUCGGCUCUCGCGAGAUUUGUAGAGAAAUAUGGGACCCACGUGAUCGUGGGGCUGGGGGUGGGAGGCCAAGACGUGUCCAACUUGGAGCCGUCGGAUCUGAAGAAGCACUUGGACGACCUGGGCGACCAGCUCUUCACCGGGGCUUGCGCUUUGGCUCCUUUUCACUCCAGGACCAAGGAGUCUAAACACCACAAGACACCGCAGGCCUUCAAUCUGUUCGAUUUGCAGCCGAUCGCCUUCAACGACUUGCCCACCUGCAACUCCAAAGAUGGAAUCACGGUGAUUAGCUCGAAGAGAGGAGGGGACCUGAAGGCCGAGAGCCACUGCGAGUGGCUCUUGACCGUGCCUUCGAUGCCGGAAGCCAUCCACUUCAGCUUCAUCCCCAUCACUUCUCUCCUCAAAGGCGUCCCCGGCAGCGGCUUCUUGUUCCACGCCAUCAACCUCUACCUCCGCUAUAAGCCUCCGCUACGUGAUCUGCAGUCCUUCCUGGAGUUCCAAACCCACAAGCUUUGGGCUCCCAUGCACAACGACCAACCUCUCGGUCCGACCACGAAUAGAGCCACUUCAUCGCCUUCCCUCAGCUUCGGCUUGAUGGGACCAAAGCUGCAUGUCAACACUUCCCAGGUUGUAGUAGGGAAGAGGCCGGUCACGGGGAUGCGGUUCUUCCUUGAGGGGAUGAAAUGCAACAAGCUAACCCUGCACCUCCAACACCUCUCCAACACCCCAUCCAUGCUAGAGAGUUUGGUAGAUGACACGCCGAUAUGGCGAGGAUCGGAGGAAGUUGCCCCCGGCGAUGCCUACUUCGAAGGCAUCCAAGGGAAGAAGUUCUCUCACAUAUGCGUUGCCCAUAUUGAAUAUUUGCCGCCCCCUGCGAAGGACGUUGCCUACAUCGUGACAGGUGCCCAACUUCACGUGAAGAAGCACGACUCAAAAAACGUUCUCCAUCUCCGGCUCCGUUUCUCCAAGGUCUCGCACUCGUUCCUUGCGUCUCCUACCUGGGACCGUGGGUCCGAGCACUCCCAAAAGUCAGGGUUGCUUUCGGCAAUUAGCACGUCUCUCGGGGAAAUAGCGCUGCCAAAGAGAAAAGUCCGGGAAGAGAACGAGAUGACCAGAAAAUCAAGACUGGAAAACGACCCACGGACAUUACAGCAUGCAAUUCAGCAACUUGACCGCAUCGACGCGCAUGUGACGCACAUGUCUGCCAUAAUCGUCUAA